AUGGAAAUAAAAAAUGAAGAGAAUUUCUCUAUAGAAAAUGUAAAAGUGAGCAUAAAAUUUGGCUCUCAUGGCGUGGAUGAGCAAGCCAAAGGGGAAGCAGGUAAAGCUUUUGAGGCCAUUAUCCCUAAGGAUGCUGCUGACGAGUGGCCAGCGCCCCAGCAGAUUCAUUCUUACUAUAUUGUAAAAUAUCAUUCACUUGAAGACCUGAAGCUAAAGGUGAAAUUGGAUCUGGCGGACAAAGAGCUAAAGAAUAAGAAUCAGGCACAAUUUCAGAUUACCGAAAAGUUAAAGGCAACAAGGGUAGACUACAGAGUACUCUUUUCCUUGCAGAUUGGGCGCAGGUAA